AUGAAUAUUGUUAAUGCAAUUCCUUUAAAUAAUAAUAUUAAAAACGUCUUUCAACAACAAAUCACUGUAAAUAAUAUUCAAUAUGAACACGUUAAAUAUGAUGAAUGUUUGUAUGCAAACCUUACAAAACCAAUUAUGACAAAAGCAAUAAAAAAUUUUUUAGAUUACGAGGAUAUGGAUUAUUCUCUGUUAAAAAAUACAAAUCCAACCACGACGAUUCAAGGUUACAUAAUAAUCUACCAUGAUCAGAAAACGGAAGAAACAAAGAUUAAAGGAUAUUUUUAUAAUUUGCCAAAUGAUUUAAACAUUAAAAAUUAUCAUUUCUAUUUAUUAAAUAAAGAUAAUAGUUUAGAAUACGAUUUAACAAGAAAUUUCGUUAACGGUUUAAAGAUUACGAAAAAAAUCACCAACAGCAACGAUAAUAAAGGUGAAAUUGUAACUUAUGAAGGAGAAUUGGAUUUGUUAUUCAAUAAGAAGACAAAUCAUUUUAGAAUUAAUAAUUAUAUCAAUUAUUGGAUAAAAAUUUAUCAUUUACAAGACAAUGUAAUCUCUAAUACAAUCCCCGGAAAAUUACGCAACUGCGAAUCUUUAGUAUAA